AUGAUAAAACAUACUGUAUUGCCAUUCAAAUCGAAUUUGAUCAGCCUAGGUACAUGUGUGUGGUCAAGAAUGAUUCAUCAUAAGGUCACCAUCAUAGGUUCUGGCCCCGCUGCUCACACUGCAGCCAUAUACUUGGCAAGAGCAGAAAUGAGGCCCACAUUAUACGAAGGAAUGAUGGCCAAUGGUAUUGCAGCCGGUGGUCAACUGACAACAACUACUGAAAUCGAAAAUUUCCCGGGGUUUCCUGAGUCGUUAAGUGGUAGUGAAUUGAUGGAAAGAAUGAGGCGGCAGUCUGUCAAGUUUGGUACUAACAUAAUUACCGAAACUGUCUCUAGAGUCGAUUUAUCUUCAAAACCAUUUAAAUUAUGGACCGAAUUUAAUGAAGAUGCAAAUCCUGUGACCACGGACGCUAUAAUCUUGGCCACGGGUGCCUCUGCCAAAAGAAUGCAUCUGCCGGGGGAGGAAACAUACUGGCAAAAGGGUAUCUCUGCCUGUGCGGUGUGUGAUGGUGCAGUUCCAAUAUUUAGAAACAAGCCGUUAGCUGUAAUUGGUGGAGGUGAUUCCGCAUGCGAAGAAGCGGAAUUCCUAACGAAGUAUGGAUCGAAAGUGUAUAUAUUGGUAAGAAAAGAUCAUUUUCGUGCAUCUGUUAUAAUGAAAAGGAGAAUCGAGAAGAAUCCCAACAUCAUUGUUCUGUUCAAUACAGUGGCAUUAGAAGCUAAGGGGGAUGGCAAGUUAUUGACUAUGUUGAGGAUCAAGAAUACCAAGAGUAGUGUAGAAAAUGACUUGGAAGUGAAUGGACUAUUUUAUGCAAUAGGUCACAAUCCUGCAAUAGAUAUUGUCAAGGGACAAGUAGAUGAAGCAGACACGGGCUACAUUAAAACUGUGCCUGGCUCGUCUUUGACUUCUAUACCAGGGUUUUUUGCCGCAGGAGACGUUCAAGACUCUAGAUAUAGACAGGCUGUUACCUCUGCUGGUUCUGGAUGCAUUGCUGCUUUAGAUGCAGAGCGGUAUUUGAGUUUUCAGGAACAACCUUAA